GAUGGAUGGAUGGAUGGAUGGGUGGCGGCGGAUCCAGGCACUGCCACGGCCGUGCAGGAGGCAGGAGGCAGCCACCUGCUCCCCACUCAGCCUGCGUGACCCUGAGCACACCUUGAUACAGAGCAGGAGAACACCCGGUGAUUAAGGUCAGCACUGGACACACUCUGUGAGCCAUCCCAUCAGCACCCCACGACAUCCCGGUACCGACCCCUGAUUUGGAGCAGGACAGGUUGUGACCAAGCUGACUAAGCAGAGGAAGCUCUCGCUGUCCUACCACCACCACCAGGCCAGACAAUCCUUCCCUUGGCUGAAGAUCCCGUUGAACCUCUUCCCAUAAUGGAAGCGUGAGUGCCAAGAUCCUCCAUGACCUCCAGAAGCCACAACUCCUUACCGAGAACUCUGAUGGCUCCACGAAUGCUUUCCGAAGGUGCCCUGGGGGGCAUCGCCCAAAUCACCCCCUCGCUGUACCUGAGCCGGGGCAGCGUCGCCUCCAACCGGCACCUGCUGCUCUCCCGGGGCAUCACCUGCAUCAUCAACGCCACCAUCGAGAUCCCCAACUUCAACUGGCCCCAGUUCGAAUACGUCAAAGUGCCUUUGGCUGACAUGCCCAACGCCCCCAUCUCCCUGUACUUCGACAGCGUGGCCGACAAGAUCAACAGCGUGGCGCGGAAACACGGGGCCACGCUGGUGCACUGCGCCGCCGGCGUCAGCAGGUCGGCCACGCUCUGCAUCGCCUUCCUCAUGAAGUACCACAAGGUCUCCCUCUUCGAGGCCUACAACUGGGUCAAGUCCCGGCGCCCCGUCAUACGGCCCAACGUGGGCUUCUGGAGGCAGCUGAUAGACUACGAGAGGAAGCUCUUCGGGAAGACGACGGUUAAAAUGGUACAGACGCCCUACGGCAUCAUCCCAGACGUUUAUGAGAGAGAGAGGAGACCCCUGAUGCCUUACUGGGGAAUUUAAUGGGACUGCAGACAGGAAGCACAACAGAAGGGAUGCGCUAUUCUGAGACAACCAGACUGGAGACGUUCCCUUCUUCUUCUACAGCCAACUCUGAUUCUUUACCAUACAGCAGAACCUCAAUUCUCACCUCACUAACCUGCAAGGCCAACGACUCCCUUCAAAGCAUUUCUCUCUAUGGGGAUUUCCCAUCUGCAUCUCUCUCAUUUAGCAGAACCAGGUCUCCUUAUGAGUUUAUUCCUUCCAUAAAGCCUCCCUCCUUUUUUAGUCAGUUUAUUAGGGUCCUCCAAGGAAAGGCCUAAGAGGCAUUUGGCAGAGUUGAUGAGCCAAGUGCGCUUUGUGACGCGGUAGUAGCCUGGAUAUUUCGUUAUAGCUUGUUUGCUUCCCUGCAAAACCCUGUAGUGGCUCGGGAGCAGCACUAGCACAGAGUGAACAAGGCCCUGCUCCACGGCAGCGGGUUUUCCAAGCACCAGGAAGUCUGGAAUACAGGGCUGUGGUGCUAGUGCUGGUGUUUUCUUUAACAUCCAUAGUGACUCUCAGUAUAUAGUGUUUGAGAUCUUUAGUCAGCUCUUAAUUGUAUUCAAAGUUAGAAAAAAAAAAAAAGAAAAAAA